AUGUGGCCUCGAACGGUCGCCUUUCUUUUCGUGCUCCUGACCGUCGGUCUGGAAGCCAAAUCUUAUCGACAUUUCGAGAGAUUAUUCGAUUCAUCGGAGGAGGAAAUCCAUGGGAAAGUCCAUCAGAAAUUAGACACGGUAAGAGAUUUAGAAUGUAUUCAUGUUGGUUUUUCCUUGAUCAACAGAACAAAAGUUAUUUUUGAUAUUGGACUGAAGAAAUAUAUUUCAGACGUCCUUUCAAUACCAUGUCAAAACCCUUUGUCAUAAUGACAAGAACAACUCGGUCUAUUUGAUCGAAGGAUCUGAUUGUGCGAACAAGAUCGCAGUCGGAAAAUACAGUAACCAAGUCAAUUCCACCGGUUGGGGUAUUCUCGAAGUGGAGACCUUCCCCGAAUUCACCGAUGAGGUCCAAGCUUAUGCAGCUGGAGUUGUGGAAGGAUCGUUGACCAAGCUCCAGAUCUAUUACCAUUUUCGGAAUACCAUUGAGGGGAAUUGCAAUGGAGCCAACAGGGAUUACUGUAAGAGGCUUUACAGAUACCUGAGAUCUAAUCUUGAUUGGGUUCAAAGUCAAGUUCUGAAUCCCGCGCUGAAGGAUGAUCCGUACUGGAGACAAGUGGGUGAAAGAAAAGUUUAAUCAACUGGAAAUGAUUUAGGUUAAUCUAACUUAUACUCAAGUCACUGGCAUCUACCAUGGCUACCACAACAACAAAGAUUUAGACCCAGCCGUUGAAUUCGAAAUCACCCCUAUUCUGUAAGUGGUUUCAAAAUGAAACGAUCGGCCUCUCUUUCAGUAUGUUGCAGAUCGCAGGGGAUCUUUUCGACCUCGCUCAUCUUCUGAAGAAGCCAAAACAAGUCUCCGACGACCCCGAUCCAGGACAUUGCACUGGAUUUGUCAAGUUGACCAAGGGAAACAAGGAUCUGAUGAUCUCCCAUGUCUCCAUGUCCGGUUAUAACACCAUGAACAGACUGAUGAAGCUCUACAAGUUUGCCUAUGGUGAGAAUAAUUGAUGCCUCAAAUUUAAUUAUCGCAUUCGUCUAGAAGAUAAGGUCGUCCUUUACACGCCGUUUAUCGCUUCAUUAUCAGCUAAAUUGUGCUUUUUCAGACAAGACCGUCGUACCCGGGCAUACCUACUCGUUCUCUUCAUACGCUGGUGCUCUCGUCUCUCAGGAUGAUUACACUCUUAUCAGUUCUGGAUUGGUAAGGAAAUUGACAAAGUUGGACACCAGAGAAGAACUGACCGAACCGUUGUAAUUGAAAAAACUUUUAGGCCACUAUCGAAACGACCAUCUCCAUCUUCAAUGAAUCUCUCUACACUAGCAAUUACAUGAACCCUAAGGGACAGCUCCUUUGUUGGGUCCGAUCAACCAUUGCCAAUCAACUGGCAACCUCAGGAAAAGAAUGGGUAAAACUGUUUGGGAAGUACAACUCCGGAACUUACAAUAACCAAUGGACCAUUUUGGAUUACAAUAAAUUCAGUCCAGGUGGGCUAUUUUUUAAAAUAUUAUAUGAAACUAACAAGAGAAGGACCCAAGUGCGACGGCCAGAUUUUCUUUAAAUUUUGUACACACGCCUGACAUAGGCCAAAUAUUAAUUCCUGAAAGUUUUAGCUCGCGCUUUGCAGACGCAACAGAGAUAUUCAACGAUCGUUGCGCCCGAAAGAGCGCGCGAAAGGCGGAGUGCGAUCAGAAAUGAAAAACUGUUUGGCCGUAUCUCCGCCACUUUCGCAUGGAGAAAAUUGAUUUUUUGUGAAACCAUUAUACUCUACGUUAAAAAAUGCAUACAAAAUUUUUAAUCUCAAAAUUUGCAGAAAAUUUGCAUUUUUUACAUCUUUCGAUCUAAAAAUCUCUGUCGUUUCUGCAAAGCGCGACCUAGGAAUGCCUCUUAAAAAAUGUUUCUAAAUUUGCGACAAGUUUUAUUAACAAGGAAAGUCACUUAAGUCACGGAUCGAUUUUUAAAAACGACUGUUACAGCGAUGGGGAGGGUACGACGGAGAUAUCAAAUCUGAAAACCGCUACCUCCACCGGCCUCUGGGAGCCGAGAUAAUCGACCAAAAAGGUUUGACCAAAAAAAGCUGCCCCGAGUAGUCCUCUCUUACGAAAGAAGGAGGGAAGAGAACCGAAUGGUCCGGUGGUCUGGAAGCGCGCCUCCAGGCCAUGACCUUUUCAGGUUCGAAUCCGCAUGGGUCAAAUAAUUUAUUAAACUUUUCCUGUGAUCCAGUAAAUUUAUUUUUAGAUUUUUUGCAUAUUUUACGAUAAAAUUUCAGAGUAAUAAUUUAAAUGCGCGUUCCAAACGAUUUGAAUUUUCAAGGUUGAAAAUUCACCGUGAAAUAGGCAAAAAAUCAAAAAUAAAUUAGCAAAUUUACUGGAUCACAGCAACUGCUUUACAAAUUUUUCACAAGUUCGAAACCCACGCGGAUUCGAACCUGAAAAGGUGAAGGCCCGGAAUCGCGCUUCCAGACCACUGAACCAUUCGGUUCGCUGGGUUCUCUUCUUUCGGAAGGAAGAAAUGUUCGGAAGAAUUUGGUCAAACCUUUUUGGUCGAUUAUCUCGGCUCCCAGAGGCCGGUGGAGGUAGCGGUUUUUAGAUUUGAUAUCUCUGUCCUACCCUCCCCAUCGCUGUAACAGUCGUUUUACAAAAUCGAUCCGUGAUUUAAGUGACUUCCCUUGUAAGGUCGGAACGUCACACUUGAUGUACUUCCCCUGUAAGUUUAACACGAGCUGUAAUUGUGCAGUAUGGUCUGUACGGAAUUCUUAUCCCCUUUUCAGGAAAAGAAUUGCCGAACAACGACGUCUUGUGGAUUCUCGAACAAACCCCUGGCUACACUGAAUCGCGCGAUGUAACUUGGUUCCUCCGCAAGUUUGGUUAUUGGCCAUCCUAUAACAUUCCCUACCAGACCAAGGUCUCUGAGAUCAGUGGCUUCGACGAGAAGGGCAGCCAACUUGACUGGUGGAGAUGGGGCUACUCUCCACGAGCUAAGAUCCUCGAACGUGAUCACGAUAAAGUUGUUGACAUUCCGACCUUGUUCAAGUUAAUGAGAUACAAUAAUUACACGCAGGACGAGUUCAGCAAAUGUGCAUGCAAUCCCCCAUACACUGCAGAGGCCGCCAUCUCUUCUCGAGGUGACCUUAACCCAGCCAACGGAACCUAUGUUAUCGAAGGAAUGGGGCACAGAAAUCAUGGAAGUCUGGACUAUAAGGGCACAAACUACGAGCUGUUUAAGAAACUGCAGAUUCACACCGUUGGAGGACCUACUUACGAUCCUUUACCUCCGUUCAGGUACGUCUCUUAAAGUAAACUGAUGAUAUGUCCAAAUCAUGAUCUUUUCCGCCAUAUUUUAGCUGGAAUACAACUGAUAUUGUUGCCCCUCACUACGGCCAGCCAACCCUCUGGAAGUUCCAACCUUUUAUCACUGAGUGGGAGACCAAAGUUAGCGCCGAGCUUCAUAAAACCAACAAGAAAUUUGACAAAUACUUCGACGAUAUGUCUGAUGAGUCUUUAGAGACGAUAUUUUAAUGUUUUUAAAGAAAGAAGUAAAGUUUUAAACAAUCUAAGCAAUUUACAGUAGCAUCAAAUAACUGAAAACGGAGUGUACGCAGAGCCGUGAAACUGUUACUGUAUACCCUUUGAGGUGCUAAAUAGAAAUCCAACGGAGGUGGUCUUAAGCCGCCAGGGGACUCUUUUCACGGUAUAGUGGAUUUAGACGAAAACUACCAAUCUGUGGUCCCGGGUUCGAGUCCGGGUGGGCGCAAAUCACUGGAAAUGGCCGGUGAUGACUUGAAUGGGCGGAAUAUGCAGGAUUAAGCUUAUUUUAGGUACGUUGGAUAAGAUGCAGACAGUGCUCAAAUUUUUUUGGGGAAAAAAGUCGAAUAUUCGAAUUUUGGACGAAUCAUACAUGUAUUUUUCGCUGCGUCUUUGUGUCCAUGACAUAAUAAUAACUUAUUCGUAGUGUUUUAUGGAGUUUUCAACAAAUAUUUUUUUUUUAAUUUUUUAAUAAUCCUACAGUAGGAAAAAAACAAGCAGAACACAAAGUCACGCACUUUCAAAUGCGGAGUGGAGAAAGUUCGAAUCGUAACUUUUGGUCGAUUGUCACGGCCGUUCCGGGCGUUUCCUUGGCAUUAGAUAGUCUAAAAAUAAUGGGCCAACGAUAAUCCCUGCAACUUUUUCUGGUCUUGACGUUCCGCCCGUUCCUGUAUAUUGUUUUAUGGCAUUGAAGGAGGCGUCGGCCGCCCUGCUGGGAGAAAUUGGAAUUCACAAAUAUGAAAAGCGACGAUUUCUCGGCGACUGAGGAGAACGCUGGGAGGGGGGAGUAAUCUCGAAAGUAAGGGCCUUACUUCCCUCGCCCUAAUCCGCCGUCCUUAUCACUCGGCCCGGUCCAAAUCCGCUUUACACGCUGAAUCGAAUAUAAAACUGUUACAUUUGCUCGCUGCGGUUUUUUGUUUGCGGGUUCGGAUUACUCGACUCACUGGAGGUGGAUGCCCAUGAAUAUUACCCCGUUUAUUGGCAGGUGGUUUUUGCCCACAAUUUUCUCGCCCGAAGAGAAUUCGGAUGAUAUUCGGCACUGUACUUGUUGUUUUUAUUCUUUUUCAUUUACAUAUUGCCCGCAGACGUAAUUAAUUCGACAUAUUUCUGAGGCAAUGAUCACUGUCCGAGACCUGACUUGCCUCUUCCUCUUGUUUUUGCGGUUUUUAUAAUGUUUAAAAAAAUUCUUGUUACAGUAGGAGAAAUUUACUGGGACUUACGAACAGCAAGACCAGAGCUCGUGGUCCUCGAGAAGUUGUGAUUCCUUAUCUCGAGAACGCUCCCAAGAUUAAAUUAGGAAAUUUGGAGACCGUCGAGAGUGCGGAAUUGGGUUUCCGGUAGGGUGUGAAGAGACUGCAAUAGGAGAAGGGAAGAAGUUGGCACAUCUUUAUUUCCAUUCCAAAUAAAAGAAUCUUAUUAGAAACGGGCCGAGGAAUCCUGCUUCAGAUCAGGAUUUAACAGUUCGCACCAUUCGCGGGAUGGGUUCGGGAGUUCCGGUGGGUUUGACCGCCAAUUACAUCGGCCGCCCCUCCUCUUUCCCCAAGGCCUUCCAGCCCCCUUUAUGGCCCGUAUAAACGGAUUUUGAUGUUUUUCUACGAGCCGGAAAAUUAAACGCUUGAGCCGCGAAUUUUGAGAAGGAAAUAAACGGUAAAUAAAGUUGGUCUGGCCCCACAAACUCCCAUUUAUCAUGACUAAUGUCAGUCAUGAUGCCCGAGGGCAUGCCUAAUCUGCUUACCUCCUUCAGUGUUACUGAUUUCCUCUUGUUGUUCUAGUAUAAUUGUUUUGUUUGUAAAAACCGCUCCAAUAAUCCCGAAUGUCUCAUAAAACACGUUAUGAUGACGGCCUCUCCUCCCAUCUUCCUUUCGAAUGCAAUAUGUCUUUAUAAGACCGGGAAGCGCGGGACGAGAUUAAAGGUCGUGUCAAUUGUCGCGGUAGAGACUUCAUUGCACGCCUUCCCCGUCCACACUCCGUGCGGGCACGGCCUCCAAAUAAUUAAGGUUUUGACUUCUUUGGGUCUGCAACUCUGCCCGGUCCUAACUGGCCCAAUUCCUAAACAAGUCCUCGGCGGCGCGGGGUUUGCGGCGAUGAACUUGGGCAUACGUUAUUUUUUAACUCGCGCUUGAGCAGGUAAUUCCCUUUUCCGAACUGUUGGGGGGAAUUCCGGAUGAAACUUUCUAACCGCUGUCCGCUCUUUAAAGAUGUGCUAAUGUCAUGGCGGACCCCAACAGAUCCAACAGUUCCGAGCCGUCGGAGGCGCGGACUUGUGCGCAAUGGGAGCGCCUUUUCUCGGCCAUCAACCACUACUUUCGGGACGAUGAUAUUCUUCAAGGAAGCGAGCAUUCCUCGGUCGAAGUGGGUCUUAAUUUCAUUACUAAUGCAUCAAGUUCACCUUGGGUUCUAUUUGGGUCCUAAUCCGUCUAUUUUAGAGCGGAUACGUCAUAGUUGCAGCUUAUGUUCUGGUUAUUUCGCUGGGUAUUUUUGGAAAUGCCCUUACAAUCGUGGCUAUUUUGAGGAACAAGCAGAUGCGGAAUGUCAGGAACUUCUUCAUCCUAAAUCUUGCCUUAUCUGACUUUUUUAUUUGCACGGUUACAGCGCCCAUUACCUUGUACACGGUGCUGUACAUGUUCUGGCCGUUCGGGACGGCGUUGUGCAAGAUUGCCGGCUCAUUGCAGGGUUUCAACAUAUUUUUGUCCACCUUUUCCAUUACUGCCAUCGCAUUGGACAGGUGAGGCGGGAUGAUUAAAUUUUGGGGUUCUCGCAUACUAGAUUAAUGUUGUCUUUGUCAUGUUUAUUUAAUCAGCCAUUUCCAGAUACGUGCUGGUGAUAUUUCCCACAAAAAGAGAGCGCCAACAUAAUCUGUCGUUGCUCUUCUUCUCCUUAAUUUGGUUAAUCUCAAUCCUGUUGGCCUUGCCGCUCUUCGACGCCUCGGAUUUGAAUAUCAUCUUUCAAGACAAGAACUGCGGCAUCUCCUUGACCAUCUGCCAUGAGCAGAACGAGAAAUGGCAAAAGGUCAGUUCAACCGGGCCGAGUACACAUUCCCAUUUUUUCUGACAAUUAUCAGAGACAUACGUCGUUCGGACGAUUAAAAACUAAUAACAAACACCUUCAGAUGGCCAUCACGAAGGAGGUCUACACAGUGGGGGUUCUGUUCGUCCAGUACGCCUUCCCCCUCACCUCCAUUGCGUUUGCGUAUUCGCGGAUCGCCAGACGGAUGGGCGCCCGAUUUGCAGCCAGAAACUCGUUACUGCCCAAUAACGACUCGUUGUUGAAUCAGCGACGGAAGUAAGAAAAAUUAAUUGAAGUUUUGUAUGCAAUUACGUCUAAUCCGAAUUAAUUCUGGUUAUUGUCGGGGAUCCAGAUGGUUGAAUUGGUUUCCAAAAAAACAAAUUUUCCCGUCCUGGGGAUGUUUGAACGUAGAAGACGAAUACCUGGGAUCUCCACUCAUGCAUACAUACCGAGAAAGGGGAUUAGGCUCGAGGGUUUGGGGGUGAGAGAGAGAGUACAGUCAAUACAGUCUUUAGAGGGCAAGAUUACAAUUACAUCAGAUUUAAAAUCAUCGAAACAUACAGUACCGUCAUUCCAGAUCGAUCGCUGAUCGUCACAGAAGGACCCAUUUCUUGAUGGUAACCCUGGUUGUGGUGUUCGCAAGUGCCUGGCUUCCCUUGAACAUCUUCCAUCUUAUCAAUACAUUCAACAUUGUGCAACGAUUUUCCGUGCCAACCUUUGCGUUUUGUCAUGUCACAGCGAUCUGCUCGGCAUGUCUAAAUCCCCUCAGUUAUGCCUUCUUCAACCAAAACUUCCGGACCGAAUUUGUGGCGAUGUUUGAGAGUCUGGGAUUAAUGUAAGUGUCUCCCUCCGAGUGUUUAUCAGCCUCUCCAGAAAACUGCAUGACCAAAUAAAUAAAUGGCUCAAAUGGAAUCAGAAGCCGGCCAGUCCGAUGCCAUCGACGGAAAAGACCGGCUACAAGUUGAGAGAGACCGAAUCCGAGAAUUGUUUGAAUCACAUGGCACAAGAGCUGGGAAGAAGUCCGUCUCAAGUCAUGGUGAUCACCAACACCUGAUCUCCCUUCAAAUUAUAGGCUUCUCUAUGA